AUGACGACGUCCUCCUCGUCGCUGGUGGUGGUGAGUAAUAACACCUUUCAGGUGAAGAAGGAGAAGAAGACAUCAUCAUCAUCGACGAAGAGGAGAACCAAGAGAAGCGCGCACAGAAGAAGCGGCGAGGAGGAGGAGGAGGAGGAGGCGAUUGAUUAUUGCGCAAACAGAAGCGAUUUCGAUGCGUUCGAGCGCGCUCUUUCUUCGCUCUCUUCCUCUUCAUCAUCGAGAAACGAUGCGAACACAACUGACAACGAUAACGACUACAAUGAAGACAUUGAUAGCGGUAAAGUGAAGAAGAGGAAGAAUUUGAAAACAGCAGUUUCCGCGCUGUGCGCUUCCUUGUGUCUCUCGACCGAAGUUUUCCUCCUUUCAUCCGGUUUUGCGUUUCCCCGGGAAGCGAGCGCGUUGCUAUCGAACCCAAAUUCGGGCUUACCGCGAACGCCGACCGCGGCGUUACGACGAGCCACGCCGAGAGUGAAUGCGGAGUCGUCAGACAUUCAGUAUAAUUUGGACGACGCGGCGUAUCAGUUUCGCAUCCCGCAGCGAAAACCGUGGAACUCGAUGUUGAACGAAAUCAAGAAAGCGAAAGAGAUUGUCAAGGAGAAAAGAGGUGAGAUUUUCCAACCGAUCGUGAAGGAAACCCAAGCCAGCGCGGAAGUUGAGAUUGAGAAUUUAGUCAUCGCCUUGGACAGAUUAAUCUUAGCGUGCGAAAACCAAGACGUGGAGAAUUUUGAUAAGUGGAUCGCCAAAGCCAUAGAAGCGAACGGAAAUAUCAUGGUGAACCAAGUGAACGACUUGCCAUUUUUGUUACCGAAGCGAUACCAAGAGUUGCCAAGAAUGACGGGACGGGCGGAGUUAAAGUUUACGAUUAAACACGGCGAUGGGAGUUCGUUUGGGAAUUUGAACGGCGAGCCUUUGAAAACCGUGGAUCUCGAGAUAACCUGCGACGGUUUUAACGCGCCAAUUACGGCUGGAAACUUCGUUGACGCGGUGAAAAGAGGCGAAUUCGAUGGGAGUAAAUUAAAUUUAUCCGAAACGGCUGUUAUUUUUGGCAACAGCGAUAAUUCAGCGUCGACAUCGAUCCCUUUGGAAGUCAAGGCGUCGAAUGAAUUCGAGCCGAGAUACCGGUCGCCUUUAGAUGUUGCGAGCGGCAUCGAUGCGUUACCUUCCAUUCCUCUCUCAGUGAACGGGAGCGUCAGCGCCAUGCGCUCAGCCACGGACGACGGCGCUUCCUCUUCCUCCCAGUUUUUUCUCUUUAAUUUCGAUCGCAGACAAGCCGGUUUAGGCGGUGUAGCGUUCGAAGAAGGAGAGUUUUCAACCUUUGGGUACGUCACGAAAGGAUUAGACUACGUGAGAGACUUACGCAAAGGAGACGUGAUUGUUAAAGCUUCAGUCACGGCGGGAGAAGACCGCUUGGUCAAUCCGAGCGUCUCCAGAGCCGAUCGGAUCGAUGAAAUCCAAGCAGCGGAAUUAGCUGAUAAAGAGUUGUUAGCAGAGAAAGGCGUUUGA